UCAACUCAUCUGGGCACUUUCUCACAAAAUCUGCGACAGAAGCUGGCCAGGGAGUUUUAUCCCACAAGCAGUUUGAUAACGCCUUUACAGUAAAAGGAUCGUUGCCUAACCUUGAGAAAUCCCUGCAUCAGAAGAGGAAAAAGCACAUUCUAAUUUGGGCAGCCACAUAGAUUGGAAACUGUAUUCAAACAACGGUUGGAGGAAGUUAAUCAGGGGCUAGAUAGCCUGCUAUCGUUUUCCUUUGGGAACCGUAUUUAAGAAGUCAAUCUCAGGGUUGCACGUUGCUUAUAUUCUUGUGCCCUGCCUGGAGGAGAACAAGUCAACCGAUACAAGUGUCAGCCUUCCAGAAGCUGCUUGGUUUUGAGGAGCCUGCACGAUGUUGCCGAUUCUCCUCCUGGUCGCGGUGUGCCAGCUGAACUCGCCAGGGAGGGCCGAAGUGGUGACCUCUUUUGAAGACACCUGCCCCCAGUUUUUCUUCAGAGGAACCCCUCCGAGUAUCGGACUGGCUCCCCCGCACCCGGCUCGGAUUUGCCAGCGGUACAAAAACCAGUAUCGUUUCGCCACUCUGUACGACCGAGACAACCGCAUCCCCGUGUUCUCUGCGUACAUCUACAACCCUGGGCAGGCAAAGAGGCCGAACACAUGGAGGAUUGAACCCCAGCUCUUGGAUUUAGCACUGCCACCCGAAAUGGAAACGGAAGGAUCUCUCCUGCAGGAACGUGAUGACAUGCAGGAAGCACUUAAAGGCAGCCAGGCCGUUUUGCUAGAUUACAAGAACCUGACCGAUUUCAACAGGGGUCACCUGAACCCCAAUGGCCACCAGCCCGACCGGGACGCCAAGACUUCCACCUUCACGUUGACCAACAUUGUGCCGCAAUACAUCAAGCUGAAUGGCGGGGCCUGGAACCACUACGAGCAGUCGACGAUGGCAAGCAAGACCGAGGGAUGCCAGGAAACCUUUGCCGUGGUGGGCGCAGUGCCAGGGGAAAGCUUCAUCGCCAAAGGGAGGGUCAACAAGCCCAGCCAUGUAUGGUCUGCAGCCUGCUGUGUCAUAGACAACAAUCACCUGAGAUCUUGGGCCAUAAUUGCCCGGAAUGACGAAAACGCAGUGCAGACUCUCACUCUGGGGGAGUUGGAGGAGAAGCUGGCAGAGUUGUAUAACCAGAUUCACAUCUCUCUAUUUCAUAGCGAUUGUCCCCGGGAAUAAAGCCUUGUCCACAGAGGCAUCCUGCAUGACUCUAGUGAUUU